AUGUCUUCUACCGUCACGCAAAAGGCUCUUGUUCUUCCAGCGCUCGGCGAACACUACGCUGUGGCCGACAUUUCUAUCCACGCUCCUGGUCCAGGCGAAGUUCUUGUGAAAAUCGAGUCAACCGGUUUAAACCCCAUCGACUGGAAGAUGUUGACCACAUACUCAGCCUCUAUCUACUCCUUUCCCUUUGUUGCCGGUCACGAAGCCUCCGGUACCGUUGUCGAGGUAGGCCCCCAGGUGGACAGUCUCGCCGUGGGCGACAUCAUUGUCUUCCAGGGUGGCUUCUCUCUCAGGCGAGCCACGUUUCAGCAGUACUGUGUAGUUCCGGUAGUCCACGCCGCGAAGGUUCCCUCAAACGUUUCUCCCGAUGAAGCAGCCACUGUUGCCGAGGGCCUGAUGACGGCACUAGUAGGGCUGUACAACACCACCGCAGAACUCAAUGGAAAGAGCCUCUCCCUUCCUCCUCCCUGGUCACCGGAGGGUGCCACGAAGUACAUCGGACAGCCAGUGUUCAUCCUCGGCGGUGCUUCCUCCGUCGGUCAGAACGCCAUCCAAGUCGCGAAGCUCGCCGGGCACUCGCCAAUCAUCACCACCGCCUCCCUGCACAACGCCGCCUUCCUCCAGUCCCUCGGCGCCACGCACGUCCUCGACCGCCGUCUCUCCGACGACGCGAUCCUCGCCGAGCUCCGCACGCUCACCGACUCCGGCGCCCCGCUCUCCCUCGCGUACGACGCGAUCGCGCUCCCCGAGACGCAGCCGGUGGCAUAUCGCGCGCUCGCAGAGGGGGGCCGGCUCGUCGUCGUCCUCCCGGAGCAGAUCCCGCAAGAGGUCAAGACGCCGGGGGACGGGAAGACCGUCGUGUUCCCCUUUGGUCACGUAUGCGGCCCCGGGAACAGCGAAUUCGGGGCGGAGGUCUUCGCGCGGCUCUUCGACUGGCUGGAGAAGGGCGUGAUCAAGCCCAACAAGGUCGAAAUUCUCCCCAACGGGCUGGCGGGCAUCCCUGGUGGUCUAGCUCGCAUGGAGGCAAAUAAAACCAGUGCCGUGAAGCUCAUCGCUCAUCCUCAAGAAACUCUGUGA